AUGUGUUGCAACUAUUACAGAAACUCAUGUGGAGGCUGUGGCUACAGCUCUGGCUACAGCACUAGCUGUGGCUCUGGCUGUGGAUAUGGCUCUGGCUGUGGAUAUGGCUCUGGCUGUGGAUAUGGCUCUGGCUGUGGAUAUGGCUCUGGCUGUGGAUAUGGCUCUGGCUGUGGAUAUGGCUGUGGAUAUGGCUCUGGCUGUUGUAGCUACAGACCACUUUGCUACAGAAAAUGCCAUUUUUCUUGCUGCUAG